CUAAAGUUGGUAGAAACUAAAUCCGACAGCCAAAUCCCUUUCAAAUUUGAAACUCAAACUCAAAUUAUUUGUGUAGAUAUAAAUGUCAAUAUUUGUAAUAAUUAUUAUUAGUGGCGAGUUAUAUAUUUAUACGAGAAAGCAAUAGGACCAUAUAACCAUAAAAAUAAACAAUAUGGAACAGCAAACACAAUAUAUGUUAGAGCCUGAAAAAGUAGUACUCCCAACGGAGUAUCAAAUGAAUCAUCAGCGAAAUACUAAUUUUGAUGAUCAAGUCAUUAAUGGCCAACCACCUGAAGUAGUUAAUCUUACUAAUGAGAGUAUAGAACUGGAAAACAUGAACCUUAAACUAAAUUACAAGCAGGCAGAAGAAAUUAUUCAUAAGCAGUGUAAAGCCUUUAUCAAACAACAGGAAAUACAGAAAACGAAAUCAGAAAUUCUUACACGACAAAAUAAUCAUAUUCUACAGAAGAUAAACGCUGAAAAGAAGACUCUUGAGUUACUACAACUGGAAGCUGAUAAAUUAAACUCUGAAAUUGGAAGAUUAGAUGAGGAGACCUCACAUAUUGUACAAAGCCAGCAAAAUGCUUGUGAAAUUGUAGAAAAAAUGCAACAGUAUGUUACAGAAUUAGAGCAGAAAGCCAAAAAUGUAGAAAAGAAGCGUAACGAAAUGUUGACCAAAGCCGAAAACCAAAAAGAAAAAUUUCAAAACACUAUCAACGCCGCUGUAAAAGAACGCAAUCGUCGCAGAGAUUUGCUUUUCGCAGCAAAUAACCCAUCAGGUAACGGUGAUGAUGAUUCUUUACGCAAAGAAAAUUUACACCUGAAACAGCAAAUUAAUGAAAAUCGCGAAGAGUUAAAAAACCUGGAAAUAUUGUAUUCUUUAAAAGUCGAAAAAAAGAAUCUUGAAACUGGUUUAUAUGAGAAGAAAAAUAGGUAUAAUGAGAUUGAAAAGAACUUGGAAGUUUUAAAUAGUAUUCAGGAGCACACUCUUACUCAAUUGAAUGAAGAAUGUGAGAAACAAAUUAAACUGAGGCUUGAUGAUUUAAAUUGUGAAUUAAACCGAAUAAAUCAAAAGAUAACGGAAGUUAAGAAGCAAAAUCUUGAUAACGAGAUAUCUUUAAAACGAACUCUAAUUGCUGAUACUAAAGAAAUGAUUAAUAAACGAAACGAAGAGAUUGCGGACAAGCAAAAACAGGUAGAUAAGUUAAACGAGGAGUUUACAAGUAAAGUUGAUGCUAUAAAACAACAAAUUGUUGAAGCUGAAAAGGAAGCAGAUCGGUCUGGAGCAAGUAUCCAAGAAAAAAUGCAGGCUUUUGAAUCCUUAAAAAAAUUCUGCAAACAAGAGGAAAAAGAUAAAUUAUUGAACAAAAAGUUUACAUUGCAAGAAAAAAUAAACGCCGAUCAGGUUUUAUUGGUCGAAAUAAAAUUACUGAAGGAAAAAAUAGCGGCAAAGGAAAACACGAUAGAAUCCUUAACUGAUGCCAUAAAUAAUAUAUCCGAUGAUAAGUCUAUAUUGGAGAUGUCAAGGAAAAAGUCAUAUUUGGAUGCCUGCAAAACUUUCCUCGAAGAAAGAGCUGAAAACAUCAAAAAGAGAAGGGAUGUUGAAAAAACUAAUAUGCAACAAUUACAAGCAAGUGUAGAGGAAAUAAAGCAUAAAUGUGAAGAGAAAAGAAAAGAAAUAUUUAAGAAAACUGGAAAAAGAGUAACUCCUCACAAAGGGAUUCUAAAAGGUAAAGGUCAAAGCAAGACCCCUCCUGUUUCCCCAAAAAAGGUAACGUUUAUUAAUGUAUCUUCAGAAUCAACCGUUUCUACUCAGGAGGAUAAGGAGGAUUUUUUCGAUAACAUACUGAAACAAUACAGAAUGAAGCACAGAGAUCUAAAACCGAAACCGAAAAGAUUGGUUUUGGAAGAUGAAUAAUUGAUUAGCAAAUGAAGACUAUUCAUUAUUUAAUAGGGGAGUUUUUUAUUUAAGUUUACAAAUGUUAUUCUAGAAUAGGCCUAUCUAUAAGUGCGUAAUGAAUGUUUAAUUAGAUAUUUAUAUAAUACAACUUAAAACUAAUUUUCAAAACAAGAGAAUUUCAAUUAAUAUGAAACAACAAGCCAGGCUGGUAAGUUUUGUUCUUAUAUAAACCACCCCUUGCAAUUGAAUUCAAAUAAUCUGCACCUUUUGUGUGCCAUAUUGGACAAUUUUAAUAUAUAAAUUAUAAUAUAAAAAUAAACUAGUCUACUACUCCUUCAAUAAUUCUUUUAAAGUUUUUUUUUGUACAUUUUCAAUCUAAAUUGCCAUCUUAUAUCGCUUCAUAUUUGGGAAUUAAUGUAACGUAAAAAUUCGAUAAAAAUAAUAUCUAAUUUUGACUUCAUUGUUGUGAUUAGGUACUUGUAAGUAUAUCUACUUUAUUUAAAAUUAUGAUAAUAUUAAAUAUCGAAGACGCAAAUUGUUUAUUAUUAAGUUUGAUUUAAGCAUAUACAAGGUUGGCUACUCAACAGAGUCCACCUUGGGGAGGAGUGGAGAAUUUCGCUGUAGAAUUUAGGCAUUCAUGAUUUUUUUCAUAUUCAUAUAUCGAAAGUGUUACACCUGUUAAAAACUACACUUAAUUGCUAUGUUUUACUAAUGUUUCUAUUUCGAACGAAUUCAAAAAAUACUGUUAACGCUAUCAGCAACAGUUUAAAUAGUAAAACUUUUUUCAAAUUUCUUUCAACGCAGUUUUUGACGUAACAGAACAAAAGUGUCAUUAACACUAGCAACACCUAGGCGUUACGUUUAGUUUUUAAAAGGUGUAACACUUUUACUACAAUUUAUACUUAGUUAAUAUGAAAAGAAAAGUCAUGGAUAUUGAUUGAUGGAAUAUUGUUAAUAUUAAAUUAAGAAACAUAAAAUGUAUAUGUGUUAUAAUAAAAACUUAAGUUGUU